UGAGAAACAGUUGAAGUAAGAGGAGAAAGAGCAUCAAACUACUGCAUGGAUUUGGGAAACCAGGAAGAGGACGCUAAGAGGGAAACACCUGCAGAUGCAGGAUGCUGUCAAACUUGUCAGCUGACAAUUCGAGUGGUUAUUGCUAUGGCAACAACAAUCCUGGUCAUUGGACUUAUUUUUUGUUUCGUAUUAUUUGCCACGUGGACGGGAGCACCAGAAGUGGAUCAGACCUCCAAAACUUCCAGAAAGGAGAUGAUGUUGAUGGAGCGACUGCAGCGUUGCCAAAAAGAGCGCCAUGAUGUGAACCUGAUGCUCCACACUGUCACUCAAGACUCCAGGUGCAGUUUGUGUCCAGACGGAUGGCGCUGGUGGAGGAGUCACUGCUACUUCUUUUCCGUGGGACUGCAGGAAGAUCGUCAGUGGAAAGAGAGCGCUGAGUUCUGCCUGCAACAGAACAGCAGCCUGGCUGUGCUCAAAGACUCUGCAGAGAUGGAAUUUAUUCAAAGUGUGACGGGGAAGUUCCCUCACUUUCCCUUCCUGUGGAUCGGACUGACGGACGUUAAGCAGGAGGGUCAGUGGCUCUGGUUGGACGGGACAAACAUCCAACACUACAUGCAGGUGACGGUGGAGUGGGAUGCUGAUCACAGGGACUGUGCAGACCUGAGGGGAGGUGGGAGUCUCUUCGCCUCCAACUGUGACGCGUAUGGACCCUGGGUGUGUAAGAGAGACUCCUGACACACACAUAGACACAUUUUAAAUGUGCCUUUUAAUAAAAGACUUGAUACUGUUACAAAAUGUGGCACUCCCACUUCUGCUACACUUUGGCUAGUAAAGUUAUGUCAUUUCUUGAAGGAUAAAGUCAGCUUUGCAAGAGUCAAAAGUAAAAGUAAUGUUCACACAAAUACCUCUAUUGAAGAGCUUUACAUUUGUAAACAUACAUGUAGUUGAUAUUUUGGUGGAAUCAUUAUGACUCAGAAAUUCUCAGCGGCGGGGAAAGUGUAAUGUACGUCAGACAAAAAUUCAGAGAUAAGAAUCAAAGACAACAUAUUAUGCAUAUUAAAUAUUUAUUCCGUUCAUAUAUGAUAGUGCAAUAUAAAGUGCAUGCUUGUAUCUAGAUGCAGAAUGUGUUCACACAUAUAAGAAUG